GCAUCAGGAUGUGAUAUUGUGGUAUUGGGGACUGACUUUGAAAGAUUACAGAUAAUCCCUGGAGCAAAACAUGGAAACAUUCAAGUGGGAUGUGUGGACUGUUCAAUGCAACAGGGGAAGAUUGCAGCUUCUUACGGAAAUGCGAUUUGUAUCUUUGAGCCAGUUAACCUCUUGAAGCAGAACAGCGAUUUAACAUUACAUUAUCAGUGGCAGAAGAAUGCUCAAAUCUUGCUGGAAGCCAUAGCUCAUAAUCUAACAUGGGAUCCCACAGGCACUCGCCUUUUGACUGGUUCCAGUUGUCUUCAACUUUGGUCCAAUGUUCCUUCGGAAAACUCUUCUGACAAUGACAAUCCUGAAAGAACAGAUAUUGGACUUGGAGAAUGGAGGUGUAUAUGGCAAUGCAAAACUGCUUCUCAAGUUUGUUUAAUGAAAUUCUCACCAGACGGGGAGUUUUUUGCUACUGCUGGAAAGGAUGAUUGUCUUGUGAAAGUAUGGUACAAUACAGACAGUUGGAGAACAGCUGUAACACCACCUGGUGCAAGUCCAGAAAACCAAGCAAAAGAAGUGGAUUUUUCAUUUGUUUAUUUGGCUCAUCCUCGAUCAGUAAACGCGUUUUCAUGGAGGAAGACCAGUAAAUUCAUGCCACGUGGUGCUGUCUGCAAUGUACUCCUGACUUGCUGUAAGGAUAAUGUUUGUCGUCUCUGGGCAGAGACUUUGUUACCCAAUGACAGUCUGUUGUAUGGUGGAGGACACAACAAUUGGAGUGAAGGAGCCAACUUCACAAAUAACUUCAAGAGAAGUACUUCAAGUAAAGUGCAAAAUGCUUUAGAGUUAAACCUGAGGCACUUCCGACGAGGAAGGAGGAGGUCGAGUGCAGUUGUAGCACAUACUGGAUAUGCUCCACAUCAGCAAGAUCCCCACGAAGUUCACAGGAACAUCCCUCCUCAUGCAAAUGCACUUUGUCACUUCCAUAUUGCCGCCAGUAUCAAUCCAGCCACAGAUAUUCCUCUGCUACCUUCUAUCACAUCUCUGAGUCUUGGUGAAAAUGAAGAAAAAAGUGGACCUUUUGUUGUGCACUGGCUAAACAAUAAAGAACUUCAUUUUACCUUAUCCAUGGAAGUAUUUUUGCAACAACUUAAAAAGAGUUUUGAACAUAAUUCUCCUGAAACUGUCACUGAGGAAUCUAAUCAAAUGGAUGGCAGAUCAGAAGAAGAAGCUGAUGAAAAUGGAGAUGAACAAAAAGGAAACCAAGAAAAGAAGGAACUGGGUGAUGAGAAAACCGCUCUGAAUUCGAGCCUUGUUCCUUUAUCUUCUGCUAUUAUUGAUCAUGAAAUUGAAGUACUACUUUCUGAAUGGAGUAAAAAUGCCGACAUGCUAUUCAGUAUACAUCCUAUGGAUGGUUCACUGCUGGUAUGGCAUGUGGACUGGCUAGAUGAAUACCAGCCUGGCAUGUUUCGCCAGGUGCAGGUGUCAUUUGUCUCAAGAAUUCCUGUUGCAUUUCCGACGGGUGAUGCAAACUCUCUUUGCAGAAGUAUAGUGAUGUAUGCUUGUACCAAAAAUGUUGACUUAGCUAUUCAACAAGGCAAACAUAAGCCUCCUGGCCUUACACGAUCUUCAUCUAUGCUUAUCUCUUCUGGACACAGUAAAUCAACCAACAGUUUAAAACUAAGUAUCUUCACGCCCAAUGUUAUGAUGAUUUCCAAACACGCAGAUGGAUCAUUGAACCAGUGGCUAGUGAGUUUUGCGGAGGAAUCUGCUUUUUCAACUGUGCUCAGUAUUUCACAUAAAUCCCGAUACUGUGGUCACCGUUUUCAUCUUAAUGACUUGGCUUGCCACUCAGUAUUACCACUGCUGCUUACAACCUCACAUCACAAUGCUCUAAUUUCACCGGAUGUUGAGAAUGCAAAACAGGCAAAUGAUUCUUUAAAGUCCCAGGAGUCACCAGUAAGACAUCAGAGUAGAGCCAAUGCAGAUGUAUCAUCCCAGGAUCCCAAUGCGGUUUACAGUGAACUUAUUCUUUGGAGAGUUGACCCUGUUGGGCCUUUGUCCUUUUCUGGUGGAGUUUCUGAACUUGCUCGGAUCAAUUCUCUCCAUGUUUCAGCUUUUUCUAAUGUUGCAUGGCUACCCACACUUAUACCCAGCUAUUGCCUUGGUGCAUACUGCAAUUCUCCAAGUGCCUGCUUUGUGGCUAGUGAUGGACAGCAUUUGAGAUUAUAUCAAGCUGUAAUAGAUGCUAAGAAACUUUUGUGUGAGCUCUCCAAUCCAGAAAUUUCUAAAUAUGUUGGUGAAGUUUUUAACAUCAUAAGUCAGCAAUCUACAGCUCGCCCAGGAUGUAUCAUUGAACUGGAUGCUAUCACAGAGCUUCAUGGCAGAAAAACGCAGUUAUUCCAUGUUUUUCAAGAAGACUUCAUUUUAAAUAACCAGGAGAAGGAAAUACCUGAUUUAUCAGACUCUGAUGUAACUUGUAACGGAUUCUCUGAAAAAUUCUACUUAAUAGUAAUUGAGUAUACUCAAAACCGUUCAUUACUACAUAUGUGGCAUUUGCAUUUGAAGUCAAUUCCUGUCUCAGUAGAUGAAAAGAUAGAUUCAAAUACACCUGAAGCAACAACACAGACAGAAGAAUUGUAUUCUUCACCCGAUCCAGAGAAGAUCCAAUCACCUUUCACUCAAAAGUAUCAGGCCUGUAGAGCAAACCUUCAGAGCACCAGCUGGCUUACUCUGUCUUCCAAAAUGGUGUAUAGUCAAGAGUUGAAUUUGCCAGAAGGAGUAGAGAUAAUAAGUGUGAAGCCAUCAGCAGGACAUCUGAGUUCUUCUUCCAUAUAUCCUGUUUGUCGUGCACCGUAUCUGCUGGCUACUUCAUGUUCUGAUGGAAAAGUUCGAUUCUGGAGAUGCAGAGUUACGACUGAAUCGUCAGCUUCUUCCAUGCCAGAGUAUAGUGCACAUAGUGAUGUUACAUAUGUGUGGGAAGAAUGGCCAUUAUUGAUUGAGGAUGGACUUCUUAGUAGUAGUGCUAUUAAUGUUCCAGGAAGGCCAACUGAAGUUAGCUGUGCACACACAAACAGAUUAGCAGUAGCGUACAAGCAGGUAACAUCUAAAAAUAGUAAUCUUUCUCAUGAUUUUGUGAUGCAUGUUAGUAUUUUUGAAUGCGAAUCUACAGGAGGUUCUUCUUGGAUUCUAGAACAGACUCUUCAUUUAGACGAGAUAGGCACCAUGUUAGGCUCUGGUGUUAGUAUUGAUAGUAACUUAGUGGCAUAUAACCGACAAGACUCUUCUCUGUCUCAUGGUGGGAAUACUAUGCCCAGCACUAAGCACUUGGUACACUUAGAUUGGAUGUCUAGGGAAGAUGGUUCACAUAUUCUAACAGUGGGAAUUGGAUCAAGACUUUAUAUGUUUGGUCAACUGUCUGGGAAAAUGCAAGAACAAAAUGGUAAGGAGAUUGUAACCAUCUCCCAUAGUGGCAGUUCAAAGGCUACAGCCAUUUCUAGGUUUGUCCUGCUGCGUUGUGUUGACUUGGUUUCAUCUGUAGAAGGAUCACCUCCUUUUCCAGUCUCCUUGUCUUGGGUGCGUGAUGGCAUUCUUGUAGUUGGAAUGGAUUGUGAAAUGCAUGUUUAUUCCCAGUGGCAAUCUCCUUCCAAGCAGGAACUAGUUAGUACAGAUUCCUACAGUGGAAGUGCACCAUGUAUGACUAGCUUAAUGAGACAAAGCCAGUCAGCUGCCUCAGGUCUGCAUCCACCAAAGCGAACCGUGACCAGAUCUAUGACCAGCCUUGCACAGAAACUUAGUGGAAAAAGAUCUGCCUGUGAUCUGUCUAUGGAAAUGGAAGAUUCUGGUCUUUUUGAAGCAGCUCAUACGUUGUCUCCCACUUUACCUCAAUAUCAUCCAUAUCAACUGUUGGAACUCAUGGAUCUUGGUAAAGUACGUAGAGCAAAAGCCAUUCUGUCCCAUCUGGUAAAGUGCAUUGCUGGAGAAGUUGUUGCUAUAAAUGAAUCUGAACCUAAUCAUGAUAAGAGGCUCAGAUCUUUGUCUAUCAGUGCUAGUGGAAGUACUGCAAGGGAUCCCAAAACAUUCAGCAAAACUGAGACUACGGACUAUAUUGAAAUAGACUCUGUUCCACCAUUGCCUUUGUAUGCUCUGCUUGCUGCAGAUGACGAUUCAUCUUAUUCCUGUUCAGAGAAGUCUAAUAAUCAAAAUAGUCAAAAUAAAAAAGAUACGCCCAAUGACAAUUAUGAAGAUCUCUUUCAAAAUACUGUUAUAAGUACAGAUGAACUUGUAACAUUUGAUGCAGAUGAAGACAGUUCGAAACCAAAAGUCAUCGAUCUUUCUCAGUAUAGCCCAACUUACUUUGGACCGGAGCAUGCUCAAGUUCUUUCUCGUCACUUGCUUCAUUCAAGCUUGCCAGGUCUGACUAGGAUGGAGCAGAUGUCAUUGAUGGCCUUGGCAGAUACAAUUGCUACUACCAGUACUGACAUUGGAGAAAGCAGAGACAGAAAUCAGGGUGGAGAAACUCUUGACGAGUGUGGCUUAAAGUUUUUAUUGGCUGUUCGGCUUCACACAUUUCUAACAACUUCACUUCCUCCUGUAUAUCGAGCUCAACUGCUUCACCAAGGCUUAUCUACGAGUCAUUUUGCCUGGGCCUUUCAUUCAGUAGCGGAAGAAGAACUACUGAGCAUGCUCCCAGCAGUGCAAAAAGGAGAUCCAACAUGGCCAGAACUCAGAGCUAUGGGUAUAGGAUGGUGGGUUCGAAACAUCCAUAGCCUGCGGAAGUGCAUAGAAAAGGUGGCUAAAGCAGCCUUUCAGCGAAACAAUGAUCCACUUGACGCAGCCAUUUUUUACCUCGCAAUGAAAAAGAAGGCUGUGAUCUGGGGAUUAUACAGGUCCCAAAAAGAUACUAAAAUGACACAGUUUUUUGGAAACAACUUUACUGAGGACAGAUGGCGUAAAGCGGCAUUAAAGAAUGCUUUUUCUUUGCUUGGCAAACAGCGUUUUGAACAUUCUGCAGCAUUUUUCUUGUUGGCAGGACACUUAAAAGAUGCAGUGGAGGUCUGCCUUGAAAAACUGAAUGACAUUCAAUUGGCUCUUGUAAUAUCAAGACUUUAUGAGUCAGAGUUUGAAGUAUCUAGUACUUACAAAUCUGUACUACAGAAGAGAAUUUUGGGAAGUGCAUUUCAUAGAAAAGAGAGCUUAGGAAACAUACACUGUGACCCUUUUCUGCGAAGUAUGGCUUACUGGAUUUUGGAAGAUUAUAGCAAGGCUCUUGACACUUUGAUUAAACAUUCUGUUGAAGAUGAAGGAGACCAGGUACUGCGCAGUUGCUCACCAUUGCUAGAAAAUAGCUUGCUGUAG